CACCUCAAAGUCCAGUUUGACAGGCCGCCCGCCGGAACACCGAGCACCCGGCCCACCCAGAUCCUGGAGUCCGGAGCCCAGACGCCCGCACGAUGAGCUGGGGACCAGCGGGCAGGGUGGCGGAGCCCCCGGCCGCUCCACAGGGGCCCAAGGCCAUCCUGGGCGUCUACGACAUCGUAGUGGUUGUCGUCUAUUUCAUCUUCGUCCUCGGCGUUGGCGUCUGGUCGUCUCUGCGGGCCAGCCGGGGGACCGUCGGGGGCUACUUUCUGGCUGGCAGAUCCAUGACCUGGUGGCCCAUCGGAGCAUCCCUGAUGUCCAGUAAUGUGGGCAGCGGCUUGUUCAUCGGCCUGGCGGGCACUGGGGCUGCAGGGGGCAUCGCUGUCGGUGGCUUCGAGUGGAACGCCACGUGGUUGCUGCUGGCGCUCGGCUGGAUAUUCGUGCCAGUCUACAUCGCCGCGGGCGUGGUCACGAUGCCCGAGUACCUGAGAAAGCGGUUCGGGGGCCACAGGAUCCAGAUCUACAUGUCCGUCCUGUCCCUCGCGCUCUACAUCUUCACCAAGAUCUCCACGGACAUUUUCUCCGGAGCCCUGUUCAUCCAGGUGUCCCUGGGCUGGGACCUGUACCUGUCCACAGUCAUCCUACUGGUGGUGACCGCCGUCUACACUGUGGCCGGAGGGCUGACCGCGGUCAUCUACACCGACGCCCUGCAGACGGUCAUCAUGGUGGGAGGAGCCCUCGUUCUCACCUUUCUGGGAUUCCGUGAGGUGGGCGGGUAUCCCGGGCUCCAGGAAAGGUACAGGAUGGCGGUCCCCAACGUGACGGUCCCCAACACCACCUGCCACGUGCCCCGCCCGGACGCCUUCCACAUGCUGCGGGACCCCCUCCACGCCGACAUCCCCUGGCCGGGCCUCAUCUUCGGGCUCAGCGUGCUGGCCACCUGGUGCUGGUGCACUGACCAGGUCAUCGUCCAGAGGUCGCUGUCUGCCAAGAACCUCUCUCACGCCAAGGGUGGCUCGGUGCUGGGAGGCUACUUGAAGAUCCUGCCCAUGUUCUUUAUCGUCAUGCCGGGCAUGAUCAGCCGGGCCCUCUACCCAGACGAGGUGGGCUGCGUGGACCCCGAGAUCUGCGCCGAGGUCUGCGGCGCCCGCGUCGGCUGCUCCAACGUGGCCUACCCCAAGUUGGUCAUGGGACUCAUGCCCACCGGUCUCCGGGGGCUGAUGGUGGCGGUGAUCAUGGCGGCGCUGAUGAGCUCGCUCACCUCCAUCUUCAACAGCAGCGCGACGCUCUUCGCCAUCGACAUCUGGCAGCAUUGCCGCCGUCGCCGGGCCUCCGAGCGGGAGCUGAUGAUCGUGGGCAGGGUGUUCGUGCUGGUCCUGGUGGUGGUCAGCAUCCUCUGGAUUCCCAUCAUACAGAGCGCCAACAGCGGACAGCUCUUCGACUACAUCCAGUCCAUCACCAGCUACCUGGCACCGCCCAUCACGGCCCUCUUCCUCCUGGCCAUCUUCUCCACCAGGGUCACUGAGCCGGGAGCGUUCUGGGGCCUCAUGUCCGGGCUGGCGGCCGGCCUGAUCCGCAUGGUUCUGGAGUUCUCGUACCCGGUGCCCGCCUGCGGGGAGGAGGACGUCCGGCCGGCCGUGCUCAGGGACGUCCAUUAUCUGUACUUCGCCCUGCUCCUCUGCGCCCUCACGGCCAUCGUGAUCGUCGCCAUCAGCCUCUGCACCCCGCCCAUCCCAGAGGAAAAGCUGGCCCGCCUGACGUGGUGGACGCGGCACCGCCCAGUUCCCGCCGCCGAGCCGGAGAGCUACGGACCCGGCGGACCCUCGACAGGCGACCCCCACGUCGGGGCCGGGGAGGACGGGACCGAGGGAGACGGCGGGCGGAGACCGGCGGCGGGAGCGGGCCCGCGGCCGGACCCGGCGGCGAAGGCGGAGCUGGCCGAGAGACUCACCAGCAUCGAGGAGCGGCCGCCGUGGAGGGUGGUGUGCAACAUCCAGGCCGUGAUCCUGCUGGCCAUCAACGUCUUCCUCUGGGGAUACUUUGCCUGA